UGGCAAUAAAAAGGUUCCUUAUGCUAUUAUUUCUAAUCCACGACAAGUUAGAUAGCUUUAGAUUAUUUUAAAUGAAAGAGAAUCCGAUAGCAUUGAAUUUUAUCAAAAAUUGUAUUAAAUAGCUAUCGACAAGUAAUCGUGCUUUCUGGCUUUUGUCGGCAAAUAAAUAAAUACGGCCAGUUAUUAUUACCAGUAAUGACAAUGUCAACAAACAUGAGAGAAACAUGGCGCUAUGAAUAUUAGAUUUUCUGUUUUUAAUUACUGAGAGCCAAAGGCUCGUUUUGGCAAAAUAUGGACAUAGACAGACAUUGGUCGCGAUCUAUAUUAUAUCGUCUUUUGAGUCCAGCUUAUUGUUCAGAUGGCAAAACAAACCGGCCGUCAGCCGAUGUAAGUCGCUGCAUUAAUUGAUUAUUGAUAGUGCACGAUACAUUCCCCGGCUCAGAAAGCGAAACGAACCAAUUUCUAGCAGAACUUCACGAUAAAAUAAGUAUAUAACUGACAUCUAUUUUUGCAGUACUCAGUCACAAAGUCGAGCCCCGAGACGUUAAAGAAAAUUUUUCUAAAGGUAAGUUCAUUGAGGUUAAUUUACAGUACUGUAUGUGUUCAAGGUGUGAUGUUAUCGCGGAUUCGCUUGGAAUUAAUUGCUAUUUUACUUUCAAGGGUAUAUUAAAUUAAUAAUCUCGUUGUACGUACGUGACUUUCGGGUCAGGUUAAAUAAAUACAAUAUUAUUCAUUCACACCUGAUAUACAUUAAAACUAUGGCAAUUGUGUCCCAGGCACUUGGCAGCAGGAAGGGUGAACUUGAAAUAUUUUCUGCUCUUCACAUGGUUGAAACUGAAUAUUGGAGUAAGUGGAUAAUCCAAGUGACAAUAUAUAUAUACACUUUAUACCUACUGUAACUGGGAACAGUUGCGAAAAAUGCCACACUAGGUACUCUGGCAGGAAUUGAACCUGCGGCCAUGCAUUUCCGGUGCAGUGCUCUAACCGCUGUGGUUGAUGUUUGCCAGCUGACCUCUGUAACUCAGUUGGAUAGAGCACUGCACCAGAAUCACAGAGUAGCAAGUUCAAUUCAUAGGCGUAUCAGCCGGGGGGGGGGGGGCAUGGGCAGCCCUUGAAAACCGUCAAAAUUGAGGUUGGCAAAAAAAUGCUGACCUAAAUCUGAUGUAGGAUGGCAUCAUAGUCGGCACGUCUCGGCAUUUUUUAAAAUCUGUUUCCAUGUCUUGGAGCACUAGUUAUAUAUCACAUAUUUACGAAUCACUGAAAUCGGAAUAUAAAGCAUGCCUUUUUCUGCGGAAAAGCGAACUACUGUAACACAAUGACUUUUCUGUUGGAGUCUUACCUAAAUUAUAUAUUGAAUACCCAUCAAUUUUUAAACCUUGCACCAAAGUGUGUUUAGUUAAUCGAACUACAAAUCGAAUUUUAUAAUCGCUGACUUUUUAAAAGCAAUCAGCACCAAAAAAUUCUUCCUUUGGAUGAAUUUAGGUUGCAUUUGUGCUGCAUGGAGAAAUCCAUCAGGCAGAAAUCCAUGCUUCAUUGGGGCAAAACAUAAAAAUUUUGGAAAAAUUAUGUGGAAUGUGGAAAAUUUUUAUAUGUGGAAAAUUUUUUGUAUGUGGAAAAUUUUUUGUAUGUGACCAGACUGCGAAAAUGAUGGGAUAUAAGGGAAAAUGUUUGGUAUGUGACCUCUCACUUGCCAAGAAUUUUGAGGAGAAAUAUUCAUUAGCGACGCUCGGCAAACUAAUGCUGUGCCCCCCAAACAAGAUUAGGCCGUACUCUUAUCGUUCAAUUCCUGCCAGAGGACCUAGGUGUUGCAUUUUUCGCAACCGUUUCUGGUUAAUAGUUAUAAAAGGUGUACAUGUAUUGGCACUUGGAUUAUCCAUCUACUCCAAUACUUUGCAGGAGCUUGACCUUGUUUGGGAAAUAAAUUAAAUAUAGAUGGCAUUCUUUACAUUCAAGCACCUGGGAAAAAAAUAUUGUGUAUGACAAAACCUCCAGAAAAAAGAUUGUGCAAAUCUUCAUGUUUUUUUUUAAAAUAAUUAUGCAUAGAUAUUAAUGUAAAAUACAGUAGUACAGACAUUUAUCUUUACAUUGUGCAUAAAUUCCCGAAUGCAUGAUUUUAUCAUUCAGAUAAAAUAUCCCUAAAAAUAUCCUGCAAGCAUGUCAGGGUGAAAAGAAAAAAAUCCUGCACAGCCUUGAGUGUAAAAAAUUCCUGAUGUAAAAAUACCACUGUACAUGGUGUGUACUACAUAAUUAAAUAAUUUUGGAAUGCUUGCUAAACUGAAAAUUGCUGUCCACACUUGACCAGUAAGGUCUGUUCAAUUUGUGUUCAUAUGAGAAAAUUGAACCAGUCUGGUUAGGUAAAAUCCCACCUUGCACUAGGUGGGACCUCAGUCAAGUGGGAUAAAAUUUUCCAUGUGAAGCCUUGAUCCCACCCGACCAUGAUGGCCAUUUUUUUGCCCAAUUUGACCUAUAAUUUAAGAACGAAAAAAAUAAUAAGCCUACAGUACUGUAAGCAGAUACUAUUAAAGUUGUGCUACAAUGUACAGUUUGUUCAAUUACAAUAAAAAAAUAUUUUGAAAAUUCCAUUUUAAUUUAUAGAAUUUUAGGUGGGAUAAAAAUGGUCAUAUGAGCACAGAAAUAAUUUAUCCCACUUGGUCAGUUUUCCUUCCAACUGGGUUCAUACAGUAUGAGCAGGCCCUAAGAAUUGGAUGCUUUUCUGCAUAAUAAUAUUAAUAAUACAUUUUAUGCUCAAUUUAUUUUCUAUUUGUUUCAUGCAAAAUGUAAUACUGUCUGCGCACAAGCUACUUUCCAGUGCACAGAUUGUAGUCAUGUUUAACUGCCUGUAGAACCGGAGUAUAUACAGUAUGUCAGGUAAAGAUAUUUAGGAGAUUUAUUAUACAGUAGAUCAUGAUCUGUACUACAUGUAAUUACGAAAUAAAUACAGACUGUCGAUCAUGAACAUAAUUUAUUUAUAUUUUAAUCAUUUACAGUAUGCAACAGUUGAAGAAGAUGAGGAGAUGUUCAUGACUCCAGAGGAUUUUAUAAGGACAUUUUUAGGAAUGCAAAAAGAAGAUAACUAUAAUAUAGAGACAUUAAAGUUAUUAUCGGGUGUUGUGGAUCAAACUAAAGAUGGGUAGGCUUUAUAAUUUAUUGUAUUUUUUUCACCAAGUUACAGUACAUGCGCCAGACAAUGUGAUCAAAGCCAUCUUAAAGUGCAGGACUGGUGUAUUUUCUUUAGUAGGUUUCACCAUGUAGGUUUUGAUACUUAGGGUCUUGAGAAUGAAGAUGAUGAAUGAAAGAAUCUGGGCCAAAUGCUUUGCAUGGUCCAGAUAUAGUCUACAUAUAGCCUUGGUGGUUUUAAGGUCCGGAUAGCCAUGUGAUAGAGAAGGUUUAAGGCGCUUAAAUGCCAUUUCCAGCAAUGCUAAUGAUUUUUCAUUAGAAUAAAUAACUGUGUUUCAAUGUUGAUAUAAUCUUGAAUGGUUUGUGCCAGUGUAGUUACUGUAGUGGCAAUACCAAGAAAGGUGAGGAUUGAUAGGGAUGCAACUACCUGAAAAAUACAAGGAGAAGUUUGCUUGUAUUUUUCAGAUACUGUAGUUGUACAGUACCUCUAUCAAUCCGAACCUUUUUCUGUAUUUUAAAGCUAUUUGACUAACAGACACAUUACUCAAGAUAUAUUUCCUACAUUUUCUUAACAUUCACAUAAUGUUUAAACUUUAAAAUGUGAAAAUCUUUGAUCAAAUGUAAUGUAACUGUCAUUAUCUGUCAGAUAGAAUACGUACAGUAUGCCCAGCAGACCACACAAAAUGGGUUUCAAAACGCGUUUUGCUGCUUAUAUUUGUUAACACUUGUCAAAAAGAAGCAGAUGAGUAUACAUUAUUGGCCUACCGAACAUGAUAUACAGUUACAGUACUGUAUCAAAUGAAUGGAAUUUGCCUUCAUUCAAAUUCAAAACAAAUUUAUGCGAUACUGUAGCUCUAAGCAGUUUUUAUUCAUUUGGGUAAUCACUGAUCAUGAACGUUUUUACAAUCUGCUAUAAAGUGCUAAUAUCUACAUUAUUUUGCAAUUUACAUUGAUAUAAUAUUUUCUUCUAAUUUGUAAUUUGAAGUGCAAGAAAGGUGACAAAUAGACCAACCGUAAAUAGGUGAUAAAUAGACCUAUAGUGUACUGUAGCUAACUUAUUGAGUAUUUAAAUUUUUGACACAAACUUGAGCAUAAGAAAGGUACUAUAGUAGUAUAUCAACCGCUGUCACUGACAUAAUUAACGCGGCAACAUGUGGAUCAUUUGUCAAAAUGUCUGGAAGGAUGAUCUGUCUUUGACUUUGUGUAUGAAAACCACCUCGGAUAAGCUAUCGGAGAACUUAGCUCGAGUUACUGUAUACAGUUUUGUAUCAACUGAGCACUGGCAAUGUAAAAAAGCCUUAUUAAACUCUGAGGUUCUUGGCGGUGGACUGAGAGGACAAAACAUUUGGACACUCUCUUAGUGAGGUUUGGUGUGAUACCAUAUAAUCUAUUCUGUUUAUACAUGUCCAUUGAUGAGAAAUUUGAAAAGUAGCGAAUACUAUAUAGCAGUUGUUGCUUGAAAGGUAAUCAUUCAACUACUUCGCUACUGAAAAUGUAGUUCGCUACAACUACAAAUACUGUUUUUAAAAAGUAGUCAAAAACUACUCGCUAGCCUUGUGAAUAACUGUGUAACAAAGCUGUAACAAUACUUUUUAAGUCUUGGAAGCAGUGUAGAUUAAAAUUUAAGCGAUAUUCCAGCAAUACAAACUGAAGGAAGUCGUACUGUAUGUUGGUAUAGCCUAAUUCGUCCUCCCAAUAUUUCGCGAAGUUGCCGACACUGCUUUUAUAUGCUGUGACGUGUGGCAGGGUCUUAGCUAGAAGGCCGUGUUAUCGCGGCCGAAGAUGGAAAAACGCAGCUAGAUAAAAUGAGCGUGGCUUCGUUUAUACACAUAAGGCCGUGUAGGUUAAUAAAAUAAGGUGUUGCUAAUUGCAACAGAAAGAAUUUCUUCCUAUUUAUGUCGUAAGGAAGUUUGUAAAUUUACUGUAGUUGUUGAUAUUGGUACUGUAACUGUGACGUUUUGAUGGUUAAUGGGAACCGUAUGGUAUUAAAAUGGCUUUAAAUACCCUAAGAGUGGCUAAAAUAACUUAUUUUAUGUGUCAGUGCGAAAUAUGAGCGUAAGCUGGACUUGUAUUAGGUUGCAAAGCACAGGCUUUCUUGCCAUCCCACUUUUCCUACUUUUUCCUACUUUUCUUCAACUUUCCUACUUUUCCUAUUUUUUAUUAAAAAUUGCUUGAUUUUCCUACUUUUUCCUACUUUUUCUCAUAGAAUCCUACUUUUUAAGACAGCUUGGGAAUCAAUAUAUGAUAGCUCUCGUAAUUAGAUCUAUAGGACUCGUAAUUUUUAUUCCCUAUUUGUGUCCCAGACGAUAAGAUCUCAGGAGGAGAAGGACAUUUUCCGAGUAUAAAAUUUCAUAGCAUCUCCAGAAUCAUAAUCAAUAUAUAAAUUAAUGAAGACUCUGAAAGUGCCAUUUCCGACGAUCUAGAUAUUCCAAAUAUUCACCCCCCCCAGUUAAUCAAGCAUCAUAUAUACAGGGCCGUAGCAACCGGGGGGGGGGGCAAUAAUUUGCUAAUAAUCUUUUUUCCCAAAAUCAUGCAGACCUUUAUCAUUUAAUCCAUGACAAACUGCAAAGAAUGAAGAUAUUACCCAUACUUUCCUGCAACUUAUCCAAUAUGUAGUUAAUUAAAUAAGCCUUCGCCCAUUUAGUUACCCCGGAGCCAGAGGGUAUUUAUUUUCGCCUGUAUUGAAUAACCCUCUGGUGAAAUUGCCGGGGGGUUUUCGGGUUCAUUUCACACAUAACUUUCAAAAUUGGAAGGAAAGAGUUGAUUGGUUGCUGACUAUAGGGUCGAUAGACUACGUGUUCUGAUUGGAUAUUGUGAACAUCAUAGCCUGUUGAACGACAUGCAUGUGCACACCCUAGAAAUUUAGAAACACACCCAAGAUCUAAAAUCCAAUUUACAAAAAGAUUUACUAAAUCUAAGACCCUGAGUGUGACUAGCUUGUAUACUGUAAUUUCGCUUUAAUUGGCACAAAAAUUUAUUCCACCUUUUUUUGCUUUUGGACAUUAGCAGCACGCUAUUUCAAGCCCUGCGGAUUAUAUGAGGAUUUUUCUGUAUUUUAAAUACUUUGUAUUGUUCUUUUUUUAUACCCGUUUCUUUGUUAUUCUAUAUAUAUACUGCAUGUACAUGUAAUUACAUGCAUAUAAUUGUUUGAAAAAUUGGGUUUUUGUUUAGGCUUAUAUCAUUUAGCGAAUUACUUGCAUUCGAGUCUCUUCUCUGUUGCCCGGAUGCUCAAUUUCGCAUAGUGUUUCAACUGUUUGAUUUGGAUGGCAAAGGCUCUGUUAGUUUUGGUAAGUUUUACACUUUCAAUGAUACUGUAACACUAUACUUUGUUGGGCUCCAUCCAAAACUGCAAUUAUAUAAAAUUAUAAAUUAGCAUAUACAAUACGUAAAAUUGUAAUUUAUUUAGUUUCAUCAAUACGAAGCAAAAUGCGAAUAAAAGUUCCAUCUUCAAAUUCUGGAUAUGAGAAAAUAAACAAAUAAAUUUGGUAGAUAAAAGUUCCUCGGUGAUAUAUAUAAAUAUAUAUAAAAAAAUUGCAAAUUCAUUAUCAGAGCCAGGAGCAGGCAGAGGAAUUUGCCGAAGCUAGCCUGUAGGUCCGACAUACUGUAGUAACAUUUUCCCAAACAUUUUUACGUGCAGUAAGAACGCUGUAUUGAUAUUAAAAGGCUCGUCAUUUGUGAGCAAAAAAUGUAACCAAGUUAAUUAAUGAUGAUCUAUAUGUAUAUGUGAUCCCACAAGUAUAUAUAUUUAAAUAUCACACUAAGUACUAUUUAAGUACUACUCUUCUACACGAGUAGAAGUGUUUUGUUAGAUAUAAAACGAGAGGCGCAGCCGAGCGUUUUAAUAGAGAUCUUACGAUUUAGGACGGCAACACGACGGCAUGAAACGGCUACCAAUGCACUAAAUCAUUGAAAAGAAUUGAAUACAGUAAUUAGAAUAUAUGAAUAAUUUAGACAUUGUCCUCGCUCUGUUUACAACGCCAAAUCACAGACUUUCACGUCUUGAUACAACGGCUGCAUUUCAAGCCGCAACAAGUGCAACUUCAAACUAGGUUCAGCAGAACUCUUCCCAAUUAUAAAACCCAUGUCUUCAACUUUACUACAAUUUAUUUGAAGGAGUUUGUUUGGCCGUCGUCGUCGCUAUAUCUGAUAAAACACGACAACGAGUGUUUUGAAUAGCUUAAAAUACGACUACAAAAGAAUACUAAUUAGGAUGAACAAUUAUAUAAUCAUUAUUACUAAAUAAAUUAGGAUAAACAAUUUUAUAAAGCAUACUAUAAUGAAGAUGAGUUUUAUCAGAUAUAAAGUCACUCCAUGAUCAUGCACGUACUAUGGACAUUAUGGGUGACAUGCAUAUAAAGUGUACUCCAUGCACAUUAUGGGUGACAUGAUUUGCCACAAGGUUUAUGAAUUAUUAAUGAGUAUUUUAAGUACUGUUUAAUAAACGAGCAGGAGUGUUUUAUUAGGUUUAAAGCCACGAGCGCGCAGCGCGGGUGCAUGGCUUUAGACCUAAUAAAACACGACCUGCGAGUCUAUUAAACGGCUUCAAACACGACUACAAAUUCAAUAGAUUUACUGCCUUAUUAGUAUUCUUUAUAUCAAAAAUACUAAUAGGACAUGACUACAAUAGAUACUGCCUUAUUAGUUUUCUUUAUAUAAAGAAUACUAAUUAGGAGUGUUUUAUCAGGUUUAAAGCCACUGCACGUGACAUAUUAUGGUUGACAUGAUUUGCCAAUAAGCUUAUGCAUGCAUUAUUAAUGAGUGUUUGAAGUGAGUUAAAAAGAAAAAUAUUAUAUUCUACAAAAGUUCUAUUUGCUUACAAUGCAUGCAAUCAUUACAACUAUACCGCCGAUACAAAAAUUCGCAAUAAAGGUCUAAACAGAAAAGUAAUGAAGGUACAGUAUAUCAGUCGCUUAGAUUGCUAAGAUCGUGACAAGCAGGAAAAGAGAUAUUGUGUUAGUCCUUUUAUUGUUUUUAUUAUAUUGGUUUAAAGAUUUUCAGUAAUAAUACAAUUAUACAUGCAGCUCAGAAUGGAUGUACAGUAUGACGUUCUUUAUUUAGAUGAGUUUUCUCGUGUUAUAAUGAAAACGCAGCAACAUCAAAAGUUUCAUUUCAAUUUUGAAUCUCCAUUUAUAACGCGGUUUUUUGGAGAUGACAAGUUGAAAGAAAUACCAUAUAGUGAAUUUACCCAAUUAUUAGAGGUGAGUGCAUGCCUUUAUUAAAACAAAAACAUUCGCAGGAAUCGUAGCCUGCGUGCAGCCUCAACCCGAAUUUUAAAUUAUUUAGUACUUGAUAUUUAAAAAAUUCAGGUUGAGGUUGCACGCAGGCUAUACAGGAAUUGCAGCAAGAUUUACAGUAAGUUUAUCCACAAUUCAGAAAAAAAGCUUUUAUAUCUGUGAUAUAAGGGAGUUACAGCUGCUGACUCGUACCCUACAGUCUCUGAAUGAAGAUUUAAAAAAUAAUGGUGCAUGAUGGAAAUAUCACAUUCCUCAGUCCACUGAUCUUCAUAUGUACUCACAAUGUACAAUUUAUAGCCAUGACAACUGCAUGGUACAGCUAGUAUGUGCAUAUAUCACUACCCUCAUUUUAUUAACAUCGCGCAGAUUAAAUUUGUUACUGUUUUCUAUUAUUUUCAGGAUUAUCAGAAAGAACAUAUAAAGCAAGCAUUUUAUCAAUGCAAGUUAAAUAAAGGGACAAUUACUGCCAAGGAUUUUAGUACUAUAAUGAAGACCUGCAGACCUCAUGUUUUAUCUCCUUAUGUUCACGAACACUUACUAACGGUACAGUAUUUUAAAUUUGUUGCUGGGUACGAUAUUAACGGCUUAUUGACCGAGCGUGAGGUCCGUACUGUGAAAUAUCAGACCGAGGUUUUUUAGUAUGGACCGAGC